ACUGCGUUUUCAUCCCUCGUUCUCCCCCCUCUCUCUCUUUUGUUCCCUUGCCCUUCUCUGUCGUCUCUGCAGACACUUGUUUGGGUUUCAAAUCCCACUUGUGGUAGAACCAUGGCCAAUAGAGUUCGUGUAGGCGGUACAAUAUUUAUGAAGGCAGUCACGUUCACCAAUGAAGACACGAGUUGACAUUGUCGAUGAUCUGCGCGGUAGAUGUUGCACUGGUUUCGUCUUCUGGUCGGAAUUGGGAUCUCUUUAGUUGACAUUCGACUGCAAUAGCGUUGACGUUACGUAGUUCUUCGUGUUCUCCUUAUUACGUAGUUGCAUCGACAGUGACCGAAAUAGCUCCGAAAUACUCAACUUUCAAUGAUGUCUUUUCAAGUGCCUCUUCAAGACACGAAUGUUAACGUGCUGAUUCCCAUGGAUUUGCAAAUGCAAUUGCAAAACCGGCAGCUACAUUUCGCGUCGCAACAGAUUGCUCAUAGGACAGAUCAUAGGACAGAUGAAAAGUCAUAUCCCACAACGUGGACACGAUCGUUGCUACCCGGAGUCAACGUAGAAUUGCAAAAUCGAACGCUUUGGGAGCAAUUUCACGCUGAAACCACGGAAAUGAUCAUUACAAAGUCGGGCCGACGCAUGUUUCCAUCGAUCCAGUUGACGGUAAACGGUUUAAACAAACAAGAUUAUUAUUACGUUGUUAUGGAGAUAGCACCGGCUUCUGAUCGCCGUCACAAAUAUUGCGGAAACAGUGGAGGUAACGAUGAAAACACGAAUAAAAGCAAUAUUGGUUGGAGCAUUGCUGGGUCGGCUGAGCCGCAGCAGCCAUUUCUUCGUAGAGUAUUUUUUCACCCCGACAAUCCUUCGACAGGCGAGCACUGGAUGCAAAACUCGAUCAACUUCAGCAAACUGAAACUCACAAACAACAUUGUCGAUCAUCGUAAUAACGUGGUAUUAACAUCAAUGCAUAAAUACGUCCCUAAAAUUUGGAUAAUUAAUUGCGCCAAUACGACAAAUCUUAUCGAUCUCUUUUCUCAUCCAACCUCAUCCUUUGUUUUCAAGGAAACUGAAUUUAUAGCUGUAACAGCAUAUCAGAACGAAAACAUCACCAAGUUGAAGAUUAACAACAAUCCAUUCGCGAAGGGAUUUCGCGAAACGGGACAAUCGCGAUGCAAGCGUAAAUAUCGUCAAAUAUCCCAUGCUAGUCAGGUGGACGAUGAAGAGGGCAAUUCUUCUUCCGAUUCAUCCGAGUCGAAUCAUAGCGCAAGUAGCUUAGAUUUAACGCAGAAAUCGAAGAGUGAAUCUAAAAAUAAAAAUUCCGAUAAUUGCGAUGAUAUCAAACCAUUGGCCGGAGAGGAAAGAUCUUUAAAACUGGAAAGCAAUAAUGAAAGCGAAGUGCCAUCUCCUUUUCAUAGGCCCUGGUUAGACACGUCAUCGAAUAAACGUAAACCAAUGGUACCGAUAUCGAUGAUGCCACCAAUACCGUCACUGCCGGUGAUCAAUAAUUUGAGAGAAACUUUUUCUGUACCUUAUUAUUUACAUAUGCCGUUCAUCGCGCAACAAAAUUUAGCGAGAUGUUAUCAAUAUGACUGUCCGAUGUUCCGGUCGAAAAGAUUAUGAUUUGUACGGACGAAUAAUUUUUCUCGCAAUAUUAUUGCGGAUGUAAAUAAUUAAAUGUAUAUAAAUAAAUAUUGAUUAAUUAAAAUUGAAAACCAAAAAUUUGUAUUUUAUUUGAAAAAUACAGAUAAAUAAAAUUAAAACGACUUCAGAUCAAUAUCCAUGGAAUAUAUGUGUCUGGAUCAAUUACAGUCAUUAUUUCGAGUUA